CCGCCAGGCGCGCGCCAGGAAGCCGCGGGGGAAGCCGGGGUGGCGCGGGCGCGCGGUCGCUGGCGUUGGCGCAGCGGAGGGCGGCUGUGGCUUUGGCCGUGGCCUUGGCCUUGGGGUGGUACGGAUGGAGUCGCCCAGGGGCUGCUAGCCGCGCCGCAGGGAACCGGGGGAGAGCCUGGGAAGCCUGUCACUGCUUCCCGGCUACCGGGACAACACAGUUUGAGCAGGGAGUGCGUUAAGGGAGGAGAGGUAGGCUCGGUAGGCGCUAGGCCACCUUGUUUCGUCGGAAAGUUCAGAGAUGGCGUUUAAUGAUUACCUCAGUCUGACCUACCCUCAGAAACCCCACCCAGGAGACUUGAUUGAAGUGUUCCGCCCUGGCUACCAGCACUGGGCGCUGUACCUGGGUGAUGGCUACGUUAUCAACAUUGCCCCUAUAGAUGGCAUUCCUUCGUCGUUCACAAGCGCCAAGUCUGUGUUCAGCACAAAGGCCUUGGUGAAAAUGCAGCUUCUGAAGGACGUUGUGGGAAAUGACACAUACAGAAUAAACAAUAAGUACGACACAACUUACCCUCCUCUCCCAGUGGAGGAAGUGAUACAGCGAUCAGAGUUUGCUAUUGGGCAGGAGGUAGCCUAUGACUUACUGGUUAACAACUGUGAGCAUUUUGUGACCUUGCUCCGCUAUGGAGAAGGAGUGUCAGAGCAGGCCAACCGAGCAAUAAGCACCAUUGGAUUGGUGGCAGCUGCUGCUGAUGUCUUCACAUUUCUCGGCUUGUUUCCAAAGAGACAAAGAACAAAAUAUUAGCAAUUUAUUGAAGCGAUUGGAAUUGAAGAAAUUUGUGAGGAAAAGAAAAAAUGCUGGGGUGAAUACUUAUUUUGAAUGCACCGUUAUUGCUCCUGAUCCCCGUGAUGGAUGGCAGACUCUGUAAUAAAUUGCUUGCUGAUUUUAAUCUUAUCACCGAGCCAAGAAAAGUUUUUCCACACUAGUAUAGAUUUGCCGUGGCAGCUUGAACAAAAAGCAGUUGCCUUUUGAUGGAGUCAGCCAUCAAAAGUUGCCUUUUGAUGGAGGCUCUUAACAAAACCAAGAUCGCAUUUUAUCUUCUGCUGUAAAUAUUGUUUUCCUUUCCCCUAAGGAUAGCUAUUUUUUGCCAGGGAUGUGGAAAACCAUUUACAUAAGCUUCUGAAAGAUGGUUGUUAGGGCCAACAUCUUAAUUUCUAUUCCUUUCCUUGUUAGGAAAAAAAAAAAAAGAAAGAAAAAGAAGAAGAAAUGGCUAUAUCCGGUAUUUGGUUAGGCAACUUAAGGAUCUUCUAAUGACAAAACAUUUGAGGUAGUACCUUAUAUAUAUCGACACCUGUGUAGGUGGGGCAUGUAAAAAGAGGGUGGGAGGGGCCUGCGUGUAUUCAUACGUGUGGAGUGUUUAUAAAUGGCGAACAUGUGCAGGGGCAGUCUUGGGUAUCAGUCUCUGGUCUCCACCUUUUAAACUUUUAAUUUUUUGAGACAGGGUAUGUUGUCUUUCGCAACUUAUGACAGGCUUAGCUGGCCCACGAGCUGCCAGAGUCCCCUGUGCCUGCUGAGAGCUCACUGCAGGAGGUCUGGAAUCACAGAUGCACUCCGGACCCUGGGGAUUGAAACUCAAGACCUCAUGCUUGUGUGUAAAAUGCUUUACCCACUGAGCCAUCUCCUGGCUUUUUGUUGCACUUUCAGACCCAGUGAAUUCCCUAGAACCCAGUUGCUUGACAGGAAUCAGUGAUCAGCAACGGACUGUAUUUUUUGAGCUAAAUUGUUUCCUCUAGAAUGUAUAGUAGCUCAGUGGUUUGACCUUUGAGCCUUGGCAAGUGAUCAUUAAUAUUGAUGUAAAGUGUGCUAUAUUUAUAACACAAAAAAAUCCCAUAUCCCUUUAAAGACUUUUAUUGUGAGUCAAGGAAUUCCAUUAUCUUAUUCUUUUGUUUUAUUGAUUACAUGUUGAAUUAAACCA